GCAGCCAAACGUGUGGUGUCACUGUCGGGAGAUCAACACAGGGAUACAAACAAGACUACAGCUCCCUGACAGCUGGGAUAAAUCCAGGGGAAAGGAGGUGAAACGACGCCGGUGCCCGCUGCUCGGUUCCCCCCGCCUGCCCGGUGACAUGGAUGUCCUACACGGGCUGCAGUAGACUUCUGCUGCGGGACUGAAGAGGAUAUGGGCCCAGAGUCCCCGCGCCUGAGGAGAUGUCUCUGGGUCGGCUCCUGCGGCGCGCCUCCUCCAAAGCCUCCGACCUCCUGACCUUUAAUCCGGGUGCGGGGGGCACGUCGUUGCGCUCGGGCCUGGAUGGCGAAAUCAUUUUCUCCAAAAAUAACGUUUGUGUGCACCCUGCAGAGCCCCUGCCCGGCCUGGCGGAACACCACCCGGGCUACCUGUGUGUGCACACGGAGAAAGAUGAUAGCCUGGGCACCACUCUGAUUCUGACAUGGGUGCCCAACUCCCGCAUCCAGAAGCAGGAUGAGGAGGCGCUGCGCUACAUCACGCCAGAGAGCUCCCCUGUACGCAGGAACGCACGCCGCAGGGGCCGACGGCCUCACUCGCGGCCCCCUGCAGCCCCGGAGGAAGAAGAUGACGAGGAGAGGAACAUAACCAGCAGCACCUCUGGGGAGAGCCACAGCCUGGUGGUGGUGGAGGCGGGAGCCGAUCCAUCCUCACACCAGCAGCCACUGCCUUCGACCACGGAGGAGGGUGACGAGCUGUCGGACGAAGUGAGCCGGGACAGCACCAUGGGGUCGGACUCGGACACUUUCUCCUCUCCCUUCUGCCUGUCCCCCGUCAGCGAGGCCCUCUGUGAAAGCAGCGGCUCCGUCUUCCUGGACAGCGAAAGCAGGGAGCUGUGCGAGGAGGCCAUGACCCACUCUGUAAGCUCCGCCUCCAGCCUGGACAGCCACGCCCCCUCCGAGUGCAGCGGACAGUCGCAGGGUGUGCGCUGGGAGGAGCAGCAGAAGGUGUUGGCUCUGGAGCAGCUGUGUGGCGUUUUCAGGGUGGACCUGGGUCACAUGAGGUCACUGAGACUUUUCUUCAGUGAUGAGGCGUGCACCAGUGGCCAGCUGGUGAUAGCCAGCAGAGAGAGCCAAUAUAAGAUCCUCCACUUCCAUCACGCCGGCCUGGACAAGCUGUCGGAGGUCUUUCAACAGUGGAAGUGCUGCAGGGAAACUCAGCUCAAAGACCAGGUGUCAGUUGAGAAGUCCUGCAUGCAGUUUUCCAUCCAGCGGCCCACCCUGCCAUCCGCUGAGACUCACCCGGAGGAGAAGCUUUAUCGGCGGCUGGACGUCACCACCUGGCUGCGUCACCUCAACCACAACGGCCAGGUGGAGGAGGAGUACAAGCUGCGCAAGGCCAUCUUCUUCGGUGGUAUCGACCCAUCCAUCCGCGGCGAGGUGUGGCCCUUCCUGCUGCACUACUACAGCUACGACUCCUCGUCUCAGGAGAGGGAGGCCUGGAGACUGCAGAAACGCACCCUCUAUCACGAGAUCCAGCAGAGGAGAUUGUCCAUGAGCCCGGAGGAGCACAGCGAGUUCUGGAGAAAGGUGCAGUUCACGGUGGAUAAAGACGUGGUGAGGACGGACCGAAGCAACCUCUUCUUCAGAGGAGAGAACAACCCCAAUGUGGAGAUCAUGAGGAGGAUUCUGCUCAACUAUGCAGUGUUCAACCCGGACAUGGGAUACUGCCAGGGCAUGUCGGACCUGGUGGCCCCCCUGCUCACCGAGAUCCAGGACGAAAGCGACACCUUCUGGUGCUUCGUUGGCCUCAUGGAGAACACCAUCUUCAUCAGCUCACCUCGGGAUGAAGACAUGGAGAGGCAGCUGAUGUACCUGCGGGAGCUGCUGCGUCUCAUGCUGCCUCGCUUCCACCAGCACCUGACCCGGCUGGGGGAGGACGGCCUCCAGCUGCUCUUCUGCCACCGCUGGAUCCUGCUCUGCUUCAAGCGAGAGUUCCCCGACACCGAGGCUCUCCGCAUGUGGGAGGCCUGCUGGGCACACUACCAGACGGAUUACUUCCACCUGUUCCUCUGUGUGGCCAUCAUUGUUCUCUACGGUGAGGAUGUGACAGAGCAGCUGCUCGCCACCGACCAAAUGCUGCUCCACUUCAGCAACCUCUCCAUGCACAUGAACGGAGAGUUGGUGCUACGCAAGGCUCGCAGCCUUCUCUACCAGUUCCGCCUCCUACCCAGAAUCCCCUGCAGUCUGCAUGACCUUUGUAAACUGUGUGGCCCGGGGAUGUGGGACAGCCGCUACAUCCCCGCAGUGGAGUGUUCGGGCGAGCACCCAGACUCACAGAGCUGCCCCUAUGGAGGCACCUCCACCCCGCAGCCCUCCUCGCCCUCUCCGUCGUCCACGCCCUUGCCCUCACCGAAUCCCACGCCUCCGUCGGAGGGCAAGAGAGGCUCCAAAACCCGGGACAUAUUCACCUUUCGGAAACAGUCCUGAGGUGGAGGCUGCAGGGAGCUUGGCUGGUCUUUUGCUCGUGUCAGCUUCAGCAGAGUUCUGGAUCCUUCUGUUGGAUUCUUGGACUGUUUGCUGCCCUGUCUCUCAACAGUCUCUGCUUCUAGUUUUCACCGUCUUAAAAAGGGAUUUUUCACGUGAUCCUUUCAUGUGUUGCAUCGUGGAGACACUGCCUUACCAGAACGUUUGUUUGCAGCACUGAGUGUCACAUGAAUCUGUGCUGAGGACACACAGGCAGACAAGAGGCGGCGGCUUCAUUCACAGCAGACAAUCAUCAGGCCCUGUGCUGGUCUGGAGCUCCUUCAGGUUCAAGUCUGCUGCUGGCUUGGCAAACUUCCAGGGGUCUUUGUGGGCAGGGGGGGGUCACAUCAGGGUUGGAGGCAACCAGUCUGACUACGUGCAGACUCUGACUGAGGGGUCAAAUGCAAACUGGAGAUUCAUUCAUGAGAAUUUAAAAAAUGUUCCUGUGUUCUCACAAUGGAAUAUUUGUGUGAAUAUCAGAUUAUAUAAAGUAUGUGUGUGUAUCUCAUGGCUGAACAUGAAAUCCACAACCUCUGUGGGUUCACCUACAAACGGGAUUAUAAAGAAUUACCAGUCCUUUUUAAGUUUUCUUCAAAAUUCAUUCCCAAACAAAUGAAUGUUUCCAUUUAUAUCAGCAGUUGCAAAUAUUUAGCAAUACUAUAUCCUUGCAUGAGCGAUUCUUGACGUAUAAAGGGGGCACAGCGCGUGUUGUUGCAAAAACACUCGAGGGAAGAAUGUGUUUACACGACAAACAACCGGCAUCAUGAUACGGCUCCUGCACAUUUCCUCAUCAGAUUGUGAUAAGGGACGUUCCCAUUCUUUUGUUGUUUCGUUGACAAGCAUGAGGAAGCAUUGUGUUUCCUUCUGGUAAAGUCAGACGAUCUUGUUACCUGUCGAGCCGCAGGAGGGUUAACCAUUGACACGUUGCUAUGUGAGAUGUAAUGUGAGUGUCCUGGGUGAUGUACAGCACUCAUCGAGCCAUCGAGAGAAGAGAUCCCUGAUGGUUUUGGCAGAGAGAGUGGUGAUGUCUUACUUGAAGUUUCCUCGUCUGUGUCGGACAGGGGGUGUGGCAUAUCGUCAGCACGGUGUUGUUUUUUUCUCCGUCUCUUCACUUUAAACAGAAUGACUAUACGCACUAUCAACACUUCAGAAAUCAGUCCACAUGAAUGUAUCUGCUUUUUUUUUUGUCUUCUGCCUUUUUUUUCUAACUCAAAACUUCUCAGUGUACGUGUGGAUGCGUGCAUGAGUGUGUGACCUCUCCAAACAUCUGGUAAUGAGUUGGAGAGCAGCCGUAGACCCCCCCCCCCAACCCUCCCGGCUCCCCCGACCGGUCUCUUUAAUUAUGGCCGUCAUCAUCAUGGGGCAAAACCUGGGAGAGAGAAGAAGAAGAAGAAGGAAAAUCCGGCUGUUGGGAAUCUUCAGAGGGGGGAAAAAAAACGUGAGAGAUGUGGAGAGGGAGGGGAACAUUUAGGCUUCGUACAGGGGUGUGUAGGGAUCUUGCCUCUGUGAUUUGCAAGUCCCAGAUGUAACGAUGGUCUCCGCUCUGAGGCUUUUCCCUGAGAGCUUGUGAGUGACACUCCCAAGGGGGGAGGGGGGGGGAUAUCUUCAAAUUGGUCCUAAAAUGUAGCAUUAAGACCUUCAAUCAGCCUUCCUUUGCCACCCACCCGCUCUCUCUCUCUCUCUCUCUCUCUCUCUCGUGGUCUCUCUCUCUCUCUUGCUCGCUCACUCACUCAGCGAGCAGUCUCUUCAAAUGACAUUCAUAACUGCUCCUUUUCCCUAUUAGUUAUCAUGUGCAGCUGCUAGCUCAAACUGCCUGCAGAGUUUUGAAGAUUGGGUGGCGGCAGGAAAAUGAGCAAAGUCAGGGAUGCACGAUGGAGAAGUUGUGUGUGUGUGUGUGUGUGUGUGUGUGUGUGUGUGUGUGUGUGUGUGUGUGUGUGU